AUGAAUUCUUCAUUAUCAAAAAACACAUCUAGUCGUAUUCAGUCAUAUAAACAUCGUGAUAAAGAUUCCGAUGAACUUCGACGUCGACGAAAUCAAUAUACUAUAUCAUUACGAAAAACUAAACGUGAUGAACAAAUACAAUUUAAACGUAAUCUAAUUGCUAAUGAUAGUAUGUCAGAUGAAACCGAUGAUGAUAAUGAUGAACAACGUCGUUGUUUAAAUCUUAAUGAAAUUCUACUAAAAUGUCAAAAUUCCGAUUUAUCCAUAUGUUAUCAAGGUAUACGUUCAGCACGAAAAUUUUUAUCUAUUGAACGUAAUCCACCAAUUGAUGAAUUAAUUAAUUUAAAUCUUUUACCAAUACUUGUACAAUGUUUAUCAUAUGAUCAAUAUCCUGACUUACAAUUUGAAGCUGCAUGGGCAUUAACAAAUAUAGCAUCAGGUAAUUCACAACAAACACAAGCUGUUGUUAAUGCAAAUGCAUUACCAUAUUUAUUACGUUUAUUACAUUCAACAUAUUCAAAUGUUAGUGAACAAGCUGUUUGGGCUAUAGGAAAUCUUAUUGGUGAUGGGUCAAGAUUACGUGAUUAUGCUAUUGAAUUAGGUGUUAUUCAACCAUUAAUUGAAUUUAUACAAAAAGAUAUUCCAAUAACAUUUCUUCGAAAUGUAACAUGGGUUAUUGUUAAUCUUUGUCGUCAUAAAGAUCCACCAUUAUCAUUAAAUGUUGUACAAGAAAUAUUACCUGCAUUAAAAUAUCUUUUAUCAUUUACUGAUGUUACUAUUCUUGUUGAUUGUACAUGGGCAUUAGCAUAUCUUCUUGAUUGUGGAAAUACUAUGAUUCAACUUGUUGUGGAAUCCGGUAUGAUAUCUGAUAUUAUUAGAUUAUUAAAUCAUAAUGAAAUAAAAAUUGUUACAGCUGCAUUGAGAGCUGUUGGAAAUGUAGUAACAGGUACUGAUGAACAAACACAAUAUGUACUUAAUCAUGGUGUUUUGAAUUAUUUUUCCAAAUUACUUAAACAUCAAAAAAAUAAACUUAAUAAAGAAGCUGUUUGGUUUUUAUCAAAUAUAACAGCUGGUAAUCAACAGCAAGUUCAAGCAGUAAUUAAUACUCAACUUAUACCAGAUGUUAUUCAUCAUUUACAACAUAGUGAUAUUCAAAUUCAAAAAGAAGCAGCUUGGUGUAUAUCAAAUUUAACAAUGAGUGGUUCUGUAGAACAAAUUCAAUAUGUUGUUGAUCAACAUGUUAUUCCACCUCUUUGUAAUUUAUUACAACAAAACGAUGCUCAAUUGUUACAAGUAUGUCUUGAUGCAUUACAUAAUAUUCUUAAACAAAUAUCUGAAGAAAAUCUUGAACAUGUUACCAAAGAAAUCGAAGAAUGUGGAGGUCUUGAUAAAAUUGAAAAUCUUCAAACAUAUUCAAAUAAUGAUAUUUAUCAACAAUCCUAUGAAAUUAUAGAAAAAUAUUUCUCACAUGAAAAUGAUGAUGAUGAUAUUUCAGCAAUGAGUCAAGUUCCACAUAAUGAUAUGUUUUCGUUUGGUAAUAACAGUACUAAUCAAACUGUACCUGAUAAUAAUUACAAACAAAAUAAUCUUCGUUUUCAGUUCUAA